UCGAUAUAGUUUUCUGCCAGCAGCACUGUUGUUUGGACCUUUCUGCUAUUAUGGAUCAAUGGCAACCUUGGUUGGUUCUGCUUCUCCCCGUGUCUUUGUGUGUUGCCACUGAAGAGAAUAUUGUGAAAACCAUUGCGGGGAAACAAGAUGUUACUCCAGUGUGCACGACUGCUGCACUGCAAUUCAUCACACUGAUAGUAUGUGAGAUCAGCACAAAGAGGAGCAGGGGACGACUGUGUCGUCUGCUGUAUCAACACGGACAUGACUUUGAGAAUGGCUGUGACUCCCGGUUCACACUUAUGACGGACAAUCGGACUGUAUUUCUCCAACUGGCCAGUUUAACACCAGAGGACAGUGGGAACCACACCUGUGAGUGUUCACAUAUUCAUGGAACAGAUUUUCUUCAUCUGAGCAUCACUGUGGAAGGAGAUGAGAAGGCGAGCACUUCUCCUAUAAGAGUGCUCAGUUUGACCACUGUGAUUUGUAAUGCUGCUGCAUUGAUCAUUGUUACUGGAGUUGUCCUUGGACUUAUGAUAAGGAAAAAACGUUGCAGAAACCAUACAAGGGCAGGACUAUCUGGAUUAUAUGGAUGUGAAACCGCCUGCUCUUUGGUGAGCAAGGGCAAAGAUGACCCAGAUGACCCCUACAUGGGCCUUCAGCAACGGGAAAGUGAUAUCUACCAAAACUUCCUCUCGAUGCACCAUCAACAUGACGCCAAGGCAAAUUCAGCCAGAAACAGAUCAGUGACUGUCCAUUUGGAAAAGGAAGCAAAUGGAAGAGACACUGGUCAAAGCUGUGAAAUCUAUGAAACCAUCUAAACCAACAGUGAAAAUAACUGUGAUAUCUUCGUGCCCCAGAGCAUCUGCUGGUCUCAGCCAAAAUACUGUAUAUUUUUAUUAAUAGACUAGUUUAACAAGUUGCUGAGGGAUAUUUUUUUUUAGGUUACCCAGAAUGAUGUUCUUAAUUAAAUAAUUGCAGGAGUAAUAAUUUACAGAAAUACUAUAAAGUAAAUGUGAAAAAUGCUGUAUGCUACACUACACUACACAGAAUGAUGUACUAUGUUGCUAAAUUUCCCUGAUGUUUAUAUCAAUUGAAAAUUCU